GGAAUGUUGAAAAAGCUGCCGAAAUCUUAGAUGAUUUGGGUGAAACCAUUAAAGAUAUGCUUGAAAUAGUCUUGAGAAAAAUUAACUUGGAGAGGAGGCUUGGAAAUGAAGAAAAAGUAGAUGAAAUGUAUCUAAAAUGCAUUGCUGAAGCUAAAACAUCACAAAUGUCUUCUCAUUUUGCUACUAAGUAUGCUCGUUAUUUGUAUAAGGUUAAAAAUGAUUUUGAGAGAGCAACAAAAAUUCUAAAGGAUGCCUUGAAAAAUGAUCCAAGCAACGCCUACAUCUUAAUGCAGCUAAUAGAUGUUGCAUAUCAAAAACAACCAUUAGAUAUGGAUGCCAUUCUAGAAGCUUUUGAACUUGCAUUAUCCAGUGACAUGAAUAAUGAUCAGAAAUUAAAGUUUGCUCAAAGAAAGUUGGAGUUUCUGGAAGAUUUCUCAUCAGAUCCUCAAUGCAUACAAGAUGCUUAUGAUGAAUAUGCUAAAAUGUUUAAAUCCCAGUAUGCUUCUCGCAAAAGAGUAGCAGAAGAUAGCGAAGAAAAUAAAGACAAAAAAGCUAAAACUGAACUUAAUGGUACUGCUGUAGCUGUUACAGCAGCUGAUGCAACCACUGCUCUUACGGCUUCAACAGCUGUUGCUGCUACAGAUGCUGCUUCUUACCAAUAUCAUCAAUCUGCUUGGGCUAACUAUCAUAAUUCAUACAAUUAUCAGCAGUGGCCCUAUGCUGCAACAAAUUAUUAUUCAUCGCAAUGAAAUUUUGUCCUAUUUUUAAUUGUAACAAAGAUUGCUCAUCUGACUUCUCAUUCAAC